AAUAAAACCGCUGUAUUCAGUGUACUCGCUACUCGUUGCGUUACUGCAGUUGACUCGUUUUCUUCUCUUCCCCUCAUGGCUAUAAUUGCUUUUAUGUUUCUCCGAACUUUUCGUUCUGUUUUGUGUCUGUGAAUAUGUGUUUUGUCUUUUAAUUCUUGCUGGGCAGUGUAAAAUUUGUUGGUUCUUUUUGCACUUCUAUUUAUCAAGUUAGUCAGUCCUAGAUUUGGUUCAAUAUUCGUUGGGAUCAUUACCCAUAGCUGCUAUAUAUGGUCACAUAUUUUUGUGACUAUCGUUUAUUUACUUAUCGCUAUCAAUCUAUUUAUUCACCUGGAGAAACGAUUGGAUUACAUUUUUAUUGUAAAAAAUGGAUUUUUCCACAUGAAAAGUCAAUCUAGUGAAUUUUCACCAGAUUAUCUGCCAAUCAGUUAUAAUAACAUUCAUAAAAGUAGUGUUCCUGCUAUUAACACUACACAUCAUGGUGACAAUAACAGCAGUAAUCGUAAUAAUAACGUUUUAGCAUUUAAUCAAUGUUCAUCAGAUAUUCCACAACCUUUAAGCAAUCUUGUGAUUCCUUCAGUUUGUAUAGCACGUAAACUUAUUUGGUGCAAUCAAAAGGAAGUUGCUGAGCUUUUGCUAGGAGCAUGUGUACACCCCAACUGGCUUUCAUCAGUUAUUCAAGUUCGUCCUAGAAAUGGUUCUAUUAUUUUUUAUCGACGAGAAUUGGCCACCGUAGCACGUAAACAAGAUGGUUAUUUAUGGAAAAAGAAACCAAAUCGACGUACUACUAAAGAAGUUCACAUGGUCCUUAAAGUUCAAGGGAUCGAGUGUAUUAUCGCCAACUAUGCACAUUCCGCUUUAAUCUCUACGUUUCAUCGACGAACCUAUUCAUUAAGAUUUAAUCCUUCUAUUGUAUUAUUUCAUUAUUUGAAUGUACCCUUAUUAACUCAUGAGAAUAAACUUUGUUUACCAUUACCUAAUCUAAGUGAAAAUGAUCGUAAUGAAUUAACUUAUGCUCAACUUGUUGAACAGUUAGUGAAUAUGUUUAAUAAUUUCCCAAAACAUAUCAUGAAGCCUGGUGUUGACCAAAUUCUAAAUUUCGAUUUAAAUUUCUCUAAUUUAAUUCACAUUCUGAGUGAUCAUAUUUGGAAUUCAUCAGUGAAUCCGAAUUCCCCUCCAUCAUCGUCAUUAUCAUUUCUAUCUGAUAAUUCAUAUAGAAACAUAACAAGUAGCAGUGUUGUGAAGAGUAUGUCUUCACUACAAUCUGAUAUAAAUCAUCGUCAUCAUCAUCAUCAUCAUCAUCAUCAUCAUCAUCAUCCGCACGCAGCUGUAUUUCUCCUUAUCACGCCCAAAUUAAAUGAUAAUUAUCAGACAAAUUUGGAAUUAGUCUUUUCGAAUAACAAGUCGUCUUGUCGAACAAAUCCUCAUACGCGAAAUAUUCGCGGAUAUCAGUUUUCAGAUAUAAUUAAUAACAAUAAUCAUGAAAAAAAUGAUGAUUACAUUCCAUUCAUAUUCUCUUCUUCAAAACCAAUAAAUAGAUAUUGUCAAAACAAUGAAACUUCUAAUUAUGAUAAUAACAAUAAUAUUAACUCAAAAAAUAAUGAUAAUAAUCCAGACAGGGAAGUAGAGGCAAGUUCUGCUGUGAACCAGUUAUUGUUUCCUGAUGAUAAUAAUAAUAAUAGUGUAGAAUCUAAUAAUUUGCUAUCUGAUGUUGUAAUUAAUUGGGCUAAUGAUUAUCCCUAUUCAUUAUCACUAACAAUGAAUAACUUUGAAAAUUUUAACGCAACAAAAAGCAUCGAGUCAAAUGAUAAUCCUGAUCAUCAAAAUAUCAAUGAUGUUGUUAAUCAUAAUCAUCAGUAUGUUAAUACUGAUGGUAGCACACAUUCCAAUGAUAACACCACUAUUUCUACUACUACUGCUAAUAAUAGUAACAAUGAUUAUUUUCAUACUAAUGAAGAAGAAGAAGUAGUAGUAGUAGAAGAUCCAACUAGUAUAACACCCAUUGAAAUUGGUUAUUCUGAUGAAUUAAUAAAUUUCACUGAUUUAAUCAUCACAUCAACAUCAACACCUUCACCAUUUACCUCAACUUAUACGGAUGAAGAUUUAGGACUUUUAUCAAAUGAAUUAAUUACUGAUAAUAAUCUACUUGGAAAUGAUUUUACACCGAUAACAACCACAACAACUGCAAUAAGAUCCACCAGCAAAAUGAUUAAUAAUGACUGUAAUGAUUAUUGCUGUAUAGCAGAACAACAUCAAUCUAAUCAUAAAUUCUUUUCAAAAGAACAUGUUUCCAGUGAGUUGUCGUCUAGUAAUUUCAAUGUUCAUACAAUAACUAAUAAUGGUAGAUAUGCUGUACAAAUUAAUCAUGUUAAUAUCGAUAAAGAAGUGAUAAAUAGCAAUCGGUUCAAUAAUCCUAUCAGUGAAAGUGAUGAUAAUUUGAAUCUUGAAACUUGUAAGAAUAUCUACUCACCCAAUCAUCGUUUACCUCGGAUAACAAAUGUGUAUGAACCUGAAAAAAACGAAAGUUUUGAAAGCGCACAAUUUAAUUGCCAGCAAGAUGAUGCUGCUUGUAAUCCAUUCAUAUCUGAUGGAGGAUACUCAGAGUACAGUUUUGGUCGGUGCAGUAAUAUAGAUUUGCUCAAAUUAAAGCUCUCAGAUGAUCUAUUACGUUGGAUAGUGUUUAUUCGCUUUAGUUCAUUAGCACCGGGUAUUCAUUUAUACAUUGACAUUGAAGAUGAAUUCAUUUUAUUACCAAAUCAUAAAUCUAGAAUAUUUAGCAAGUCAUUUGAUGAAUCUAAUUAUACUAGUACAUCAAUUACGUCGAAACAUAUGGAUGAUAUACAUUCUGACAAUGUUUCGAAUUCAAUGCCUAUAAAUUAUUUAACAAGUAACUUUGAUGAAUAUCCUAAGUUGAAUAUGCCACUACGACAUGAUCAGUGUGCAGAUAAAUUGGAAAUGUAUUUAAUUCUACAACUAGUCGAAUGGAUGAAGAAAACAGAUAAUAUUAGUAAUAAUAAUAGUGAUAGAACAAAUCAAAGUUCUGUCAGUUACUUAUUAGAAGCUGAAAAUGAAUUUGAUGAGUUCAAUAUUCAACAAUUACAAGAACAAAUGACUUCAUUGAAGAUAGAUAUUUCUCUUUUAAGUUGUGCAGCUGCUUUGGGUUAUUCUGAACUGAUACUAGGACUGUUGCAAUGGGCUGUACGAAUUUAUUGUAAUCAACCUACAUCAUUCUUUACAGAUCACUGUGGUACAACUUUACAGUCAGAUGUCGAUACAGAUUUAUCUAGGAUCUUAUCUCUUUUACAUGAUUUGACCCCAAAUAAUUCCCCCUCCCUUGCUUAUCCAACACUCACACCAUUGGGUUCAGCUAUUCUGUACGAACAGGUUGUAACAACGAAGCUCUUAGUAGUAUGGGAUCCAGAUGCUCUUCAUAAACCUUGUUUAUAUAAUUCAUUAUCAUCGUGUUCAAAAUUGGGUGAUGAGUUUACGCCAGAAAAAUUAGCAUUGGUUAUCAAAAGUGAAUCUAUGCAAAAGUGUAUUGAACAAUUAGAAGUACAAUAUUUUUCAUCAAAUGAACAAAAUUAUGCAACAGAUACUGUUAGAACUAAAUUAGAAAGACUUAUUAAUUAUACGGAAACAUUUUCACUACCAAAUCAUAUUGAUCUAACGGAAAUUGAUGUUAAUACAAAACCGUCGUCAUUUACUCACUCAUUGUUAUAUACACAAUCGAAUAUGAUUAAGGUAGACUAUUCAAAGCAAAAUUAUAGUCUAGACGUAUCUAUUGAUGAUGAUGAUGAUGAUGAUGAUAUUCCAGAAGAAGAAUCACUUUAUCACUCCACAUCGUUACAUAAUAUCUGUAGUACAAGUUAUCAUUCAAAAAUUUUAAAGUCUUUACCAACACCAGCAGCCAAUCAGUUUGUAGAUAAUUCAGAUAAUUUUAAAUAUGCAGUCGAGAAUAACAACAAUUCGUUCGAUACUCAUCAUCAACUUUAUGAGGAUGACAUUACUUUGAAUUCAAAUGUAAAACGUAAAAAUAUAUGUACCUGGCGUAAACAAACAUACAAUCGACGUCAUCAUUGUCAUAAUGGUCGUUUAGAUUCAACUUCUCUUUAUGCUAGUGUAACAAAUUUAAUGAAUGAUGAUCAUUCUCAAAUGUUUUGUUUAGCUGACAGAAUAAUUGAAGCUAUGCCUAGGCGUAUUGUUAAUCUUCAUAAUCAAAAUUGUGAUCAUCUGCUAUCAACCCAUGUAGAUUAUGAUAAUAAUUAUAAUUGUGAAGAGUCCCAUUCUUCUUCUAUCCAGUUUUCUGAUUCAGCUUUAGGUGAAAGUAUUGCUUUGAGUCGAGCACCAGUUGACCAACUCAAAUCACAUUCUUCAUUGUUGCAUUAUGAACCAUUCACUUUAGCCACUAAUACUAAUUCUAUUACUAACCCUAUUCAGUUAACAAAUAAUGAUGAUACAAACAAAUAUUCAGUUAAAAUCUUUCCAAAUAUAACAAACAAAUCAUUUAGUAAUAAUCAUAAAAAUAAUAAAUCAAUUGGUUCAUUUAAUUCACUUCCAUGGAAACGACCUUAUCGUGAUAAAUAUUUGACAUUAUAUAACAGUUUUAGAUAUCGUGGUGUUGGUAUCGAUGAUUAUCCAGAGAAUAAAGUGAAUCAUCAGUUAAAAAGUGCUUUACUUAGUUUUCAUGAACCUUUGAGAAGAAGAUCAUAUUUUACUCCUCCUAUUCAAAAAAAUAAAAGUAAAUUGAAAACUUUCAAUGAUGAUGAUGAAAUCAGUGUUGAAUUGAAUUCUCAUGAAACUGGAGUUAUCACGUCAAAUUCAAUGUUCGAUACACCUUUUAGUUCUACUAGUUUUAUGAGUUCAGAUUUAAAUAAUGAAAAUGAUUUUGAUGUACUUCGAUAUGAUCGUCAAGGGAAAUCAUUAAGCGCUUUCAGUUUAAAUAGUCCACCACCGUCUACAGCACAAAUUGCUGAACAUUUUAAUGCAGUACCAGGAAAAUUUAUGGAAACUGACUUAAGUAGAUUAACUCUAUCGGAUAUGGAACAGAAACGUUUAUAUGAAGCAGCCAAAAUUAUACAGAAAUAUUAUCGAGCUUAUAAAAAACACAAUCAGUCGGCGAUUAUUCAAAAUAAUAAUAAGAAAUUGUCCAAUACAUUUAUACCUAAUCAUGUUUUAUGCUCUUCAUCAAACCAUGAUUAUACUACUGAAACAGAUUUAAGUACUUUUGAUAAAUCCUUAUUCAAUAAUAAUGCUUAUUCAAAAAGUGUGUGUGAUGUUAACAACACGCAUCAGAUUGUACACCAACUUCAGCAGAAUAGCAAUACUGUCAUCUCUCUAACUGAUAAACAAGAAUGGAAUAAUGAUGUUUUACUGGGUUUCGAAAAUGAUACAUCUGUAGGCCUUGAAGUGGAAAUAGAAACAUCAUACGAUAAUACAAUAACUAAUGGUAAUGAUAAUUCAUAUCAAGUUCAGUCUAUUCAGUCUGGUCAAUUGUCUUUACCUGGAGAAACAAAUUCUAAUUGUUGUUUGAAAACAACAACUAACUUUUCCAAUUGCAUCUCAACUUCAAUACAAUCAUUGAAUUCACCACAACCAUCAAUGACUUCAUCAUCCAGUGGGCCAUGUAAUAAAGAAAUUGAGGCUGCAAUUAUUAUUCAAAGUUAUUAUAGACGUUAUAAACAGUAUGCAUAUUAUAAACGAUUAUGUCAAGCUGCACUUUUAAUUCAAAAUCGAUAUCGCUGGUAUGUAAAUCGGAAGAAGAAUGGUAAUAGCGCGGGAGUUUCAGCUGGUCCUAAACUUAGAAAACCUAGAUCAAGUCAAUGUAAUAAUCCACGAUACAGGUCAGUAUGUACACGAAAACCAAAAGUGAAUAAUAACACAGGUGGUGAAGUAAAUAUUGGGUAAGAUCAGUUGGUGUGAUAGGUUAAUCUUUUUUUGUGAACAUUUAGUUUACUAGAAUACUAAACAGUUUGUCUUUUUGCUUAUAUCAUGUUAAAUACCACUAAAGAUACUUUAUAAACACAAUUGAAUACCGGUUGAGUGGUUUUAAGAUUAAGCGUCUGCACAUGGGGCUGAAGGUCUUGGGUUUGAUUCUCAUUGUCAGGGUAGUGAGUGAGCACUGAUGGGGAGUCCCAUACUAAGACGAAUCGGUCGUCCAGUACUUCCUAGUUUAAUUUUGGUCGGCUGAUGAUGUAAACGAUACUGUAUACAGUGCUUACUGUAUAUGCAAAUAAAAUAAGCUUACUGUCGAUAAGGGAAAAUGUGAUAAAAUGUUAGUUAGUUAAUACCAUCAAGAUGGGGAGACGGUGGUCUUCAGUAUUAGCCUGCAACAUAGCUUAAUUCAGUCUUCUUUCUCACUUCCGACGUUUUAAUCAGCAGUUUGUGUGAAUAAUCAACAGGUUACAAUUUUUUUCAUUUCAUUUUAGUCUUUGUGUUUAUUUCACCUUCCAAGUGUAUCUUCUCCUUCCUUCACUUAAUACCACCCAUCUAGUGUUCGUCUCCGAAAACCUAUUGUCUCAAUUUCCGGAUGCAUAAGACAUCGAUCCGCUACCCGGUUAUCUUCAUUCAACAACACUCCUUAUAUCCCUUUAAUCAAUUCACAUCAUGUAAAUUCACCUUCAAGAUUUAUUUGUUUUGAAGAGCAUUUAAUUGAAUCCUAUGAUAAUCAUUCACAACGUUUUUCAAAUAAUUCAUCUAUUGUUUAAAUGAUAGUAAUGUUUAUACUUAGUUCAAUGUUUAUGUUAUCGCUAUUUGUGUGUUGUAUUGACAUUGUUCAUUUCAUUCAAUGAGGGCCUUUGUGCUUUAAACUUAUUUAAUUUUCAUUCAUUUUGAUAUACAUGUAAUGCAAUUGUUACAAAGAUGAUUUUUAUUCAUUUAUUUACUUUUUCUCUAUUUUCCGACAAUUUGCUCACAGGUGAUAAAAUUAAUUUUCAUUUCUCUCGAGACAAUAAUAAUAACAAUGAUAGAAAUAUAAUGUUAUUUCAAUUAGUUAUGACAGCUAUAUUUUUGAUCAUGUUUGUUUGCCUUUUGCCAGCCGUUUUUUUUUCAUUUUUAGUUUCUCUUCAUCCUGAACUUACUUAAUCGUAUUUCGACUCUGUCGUUUCUGCAUAACUUCUUUCCAUCAAAUCGUGAUCUCAAAGACAACUUUACUCAUGAUUUAUCUUGUCAGUUUUAUUCUUCUUUCACUCAUGUGUCAAACAUUUUCAUCUUGAUGGACACAAGAAAUCGAUACAUGUACUUACGCCUGUUACCCUUUGUGGGAGAUCAUAGGUCACCCACCAGCAUUCUCCAUAGAACUCUGUCCUGGACACACGUACACACAGUAACAAUAGCACCAUUAUUGACACUUGGCUUUGUGGUUUUGCUUUCAGGUUAUUUUGUUUAUAUUUAUGUUCUUAGUAUUUCUUUAACUAUUAUUGUAACCUAGUCUUUCCUCUGAAAAAAGACUCAUUUUCCUUAUUCAUUUAUAGAUAAUUGAUUACACCCACGCACAAGUGAUGAAAACCACUGUUUUUAGAAAUAAUUAUCUACUCACAGCUGUCGACUUCCUAUUUAUCUUUGUUAUUAUUAAAAUUAUUGCUUUUUACUAAUUUACUUGAACAGAUGAAGCAACCUAGAAAAAAAAGAUCAUAAUAUUUAUUUAUUAUUGAAUGCGUCAAUGUUUACUUUUUAGUUUUCUUUUAAUUGACAGACUAGUUUGUAUGAUUUAAAAC